GGAUCGAUCAAUAGGCCAGGGAGGCGACGGAGGCGGCUAACGGCGGCUGUCCAGCCAGUGACGGCUUCAGCAAUUUGCAUUGCAAAUCAUUCGUAAUUAAGAAUCUCGAGCAAUCGCUUGAAAUUCACCUCGUUACAUCCCCGGUCUCCCUGUCGGCGCUAACUGCCAUCUGCAUCUUCCCCCGAAACCCGUAACAACCACUCUCGUAAACAUUCGUGUUUUAACGUCCAUGCAAACAGCAUUUCAACGCGUGAAUUUCUCUAGUACCUGGAAAUUUACCUUUGCGUUAAUUUCUCGGUUACGUAAAUUUCUAUGGAUUAAAGUAGCAAAUUGAAUAUCGAAGCUCGACGUAAGUAAGGAAUUAAGGGUGCUCUGAGGAGACCCAAAGGAGGCGCCCGUGUUUGACGGCACUGUGUCCGGAUCGCUGGGCCGCGGGGGCGGCAGGGGGCGCUCCGAUUGGUCCAGCUCGAUUUCGUGGAUUCGAGAAGUCGCGCGUGCCAACGGGCCCGCCAAUCGGAGCGGCCUCUGGCCCGUCAGUCGGUGGCCGCGCGUUGCCGACGUAACGUCGUGACAUCUUUGUGUCGCGUUAACCCUUUCUUUCGACGAAUGUUCCAACGCCUGCUUUCCUGUGCGUUGCCUUAUCAAACACGUUUGACAGGAACGCGCAACAUUGUUUCAGCUUUCUUCGUCUCGUUCGUUCUUUGCCAAGUUCUCUGCCCCGCCUGGCAAAAGAAAAAAAAAAGAAACAAGUGAUAUUUCGUAAUCUCGUGUACCAUGCGUGUCGGGGACUCUUGCCUGGAAUUCGAACGAUGUGACUGUGCAAAGUACGCGUGAAAAAGUCACGCGCGAGUGUCUGCUACUCGAGCGGAGCGACGACACGCUUCAUGCACGAUACGUUUUUACGGAAAACCUAAUCGAGCAACGUCAUUCGUGAUAAGUACGGGCAGAUGCCUCGAUAAUCAUUCGUUUCGCGUCCUUUAUCGACUCGGACGCUUGCCGGUCUUCCCGCGAUUUGUCCGUACGAAGGUGUGGCGCGAAAAGCACGGUGCACCAGUGAGAGGAAGCAGGACGAGCGAUCGCCUCGUUGCACCGACCACCAAUCUGCCCUAUUUCCGUGAUGCUCAAGGUUAAGGAAACCCCUUGCUCGAUCGCGUCUGCGUUACCAUGAAGUUGAACGACAAAGAAGAGACGGCAAUCUUCGAUCGACGAGUGUCUUUCACGAGAGCGGGUAGAAGAUAAAUAAGAUCAGCAAAAAUGUUGAUAAAAGAGUAUCGAAUACCGUUGCCUCUCACCGUGGAGGAAUACAGAAUUGCUCAGCUUUAUAUGAUUGCGAAAAAAUCUCGCGUAGAGAGCCAAGGAGCAGGCAGCGGUGUAGAGAUCAUAGUAAACGAACCUUACAGCAACGGACCAGGUGGAAAUGGACAGUACACACACAAGGUUUACCACGUGGGCCGUCAUCUUCCGGAAUGGUUCAAGAGUUUGUUACCGAGAUCUGCGUUGAUAGCCAAAGAAGAAGCAUGGAACUCUUAUCCUUACACGAAGACACGUUACACCUCUCCCUUCAUCGAAAAAUUCUCUAUCGAGAUAGAAACGUACUAUUUUCCUGACAAUGGCUACCAGGAGAAUGUGUUCAAGCUCAGCGGUAGCGAUCUAAGGAACAGGAUCGUUGACGUAAUCGACAUUGUCAAGGACCAGCACAUGGGCGACUAUGUGAAAGAGGAGGACCCAAAGUUAUACGUAUCCCAGAAAAGUGGCAGAGGACCGCUCUCCGAAUCAUGGCUGGAAGAUUACUGGGCUGACGUAAAAGGCAAGCAACAGCCAACGCCGGCCGGGAAGUCGUUGAUGUGCGCCUACAAGCUAUGUCGCGUAGAAUUCCGUUAUUGGGGCCUGCAAACAAAAUUAGAAAAGUUCAUACACGACACGGCUCUGCGGAAAACCAUGUUACGCGCGCACACGCAAGCUUGGGCCUGGCAGGAUGAGUGGAUCGGCCUGACGAUGGAGGACAUCCGAGAAAUCGAACGUCAAACUCAGCUGGCGCUGCAGCGAAGGAUGGGAGCCGUCGAGGGCGGCGAAGAGGCCACCGAGGAUAACCAAGAUAUGUCCACGUCCAACGCGUCUCCUCAGGACUCGGACGUCGCCAUGACUUUAGCCGCCACCCUGGGAAGCAUAGAGAAGAACGAGGACCUGCAGAGUCCGCAAAGCGUCCGAAAAUCGUCCGACAUACCAACGACGAACACGACAGGUAGCUCCGAAGGCGAGGUCAGCCCCGAAGACUCACCGACCGAAGUACCUGAACUCAGGAAUGCCCUCACCGAGGAUAAAGACGCCAAGAAAGGAUGGAAGAAGAACAAAACGUCGGUGCAUUCGCCCUGUUCGAACAAGAGUUUCGACAUGCAGAUAGCGAACUGGCGGAUGGAAAGCAUCGUCAGGGAAUCCGAGUCGGGUAGCGAGGACGAGUUCUUCGAUUGUCAAGGUAAAACGCCAGUUCAUCUUGCACAGCAUGACGCUGGGUUCGUUAUACCUAUUAUACGCGAAGAAGAGGAGGACAAUACGUUCACUCCGACCAGCACUACGAACAAAGAAGACGACACAAUAUUCUCGCCUUCCUACCUCCAACGAAUGGCUUGUGAACGUAGCAGUAAAAGAUUGCAGAUCUCGACAUCGGCCAGCAUCGACGUCUCGUGUCCAGCUUCGCCUCAACAUUCACCGACCCAUCAUCCUUGCAAAACUACCGUGCUUCUUAUCGUGAUGCAUGCUGGAAGCGUUUUAGACGCCAACGUUGACUUGACCGCGAAGAAAUCGGACAUUACAACGUUCAAAGGAGCCUUCGAGUCGGUCAUGAGACAACACUAUCCCAGUAUGGUUGGACACGUCGCCAUUAAAUAUGUUUCCUGUCCCUCUAUCUGUACAGAAGGUCUGGGUAUCUUGUCCAGUCUAAGUCCAUAUAGUUUUGACGUGUCACCUUCUUCUACGGAUGCCCCUCAAGUGACGCACGACACUAUCCCAAUUGGUGCGAUACCAUUGUUCGCUAGUUCCACUCCUGAAUAUCAAGAUGCUGUCUCGCGAGUCAUAGCUGGAGCUAAUCAAGUUUACCACGAGUUUAUUAAAAGCGAAGAAGGCCGUGGUUUCACAGGGCAGAUUUGCUUCGUCGGAGACUCGGUGGGAGCGAUUUUAACGUUUGACGCUUUGUGUAGAUCAUCCCAUUCUAGGCAUAAUAACGAAAACAAUAUUUUAACCAACCAAGGCGUCGAGAACAAUGAAGACGGUAAACAUUUGGCUGCACCGUCUCCUAGGAGAAAAUCAUCCGGCUCGAGCGAUAGCCAACAGCUGUGUAAAUUGGACUUCGAUGUAGGAGAGUUUUUUAUGUUCGGCAGUCCGCUUGCUUUAGUUCUGGCGUAUAGAAAAAUUUCUUUGGGCGGCGAUAAGAAUAGUAAUAUAAAAAGGCCGUUUGUAAAUCAGGUGUACAACUUAUUCCAUCCUACGGAUCCCGUAGCUGCUAGGCUAGAGCCACUGAUCUCAGCGAAAUUUUCUCUCCUUCCACCCGUUAACGUGGCUCGGUACCAAAAGUAUCCACUCGGGAAUGGCCAACCGUUUCAUUUGUUGGAAGCAAUUCAGACAAACCCACAACUAUUUACCGAUAAUCUAAACAUUCCAAAUGUAUCGAUGUCUCACGUGAGGCGACUGUCCGAUAUAUCGAUUCACAGUACCAUGUCCGGUAUGAUUGAAAAUGUUCCUUUACAAGUAGUAUCUAAUUUAACGCAAAAAUGGUGGGGUACAAAGAGAUUGGACUAUGCUCUCUACUGUCCAGAAGGUUUAGCGAAUUUUCCUACGAACGCUUUGCCGCAUCUUUUUCAUGCUAGUUACUGGGAAUCUUCCGACGUGAUUGCAUUCAUUGUACGACAAUUAGGGAGAUUCGACUCACCGAUACUUACUAACGAAGAGAAAGAAUUAACUUCCUUCCGUCCAGGUCAACCUAGAGAAAAGUGGAAUAAGAAACGCACUUCUGUUAAGUUAAAGAAUGUUGCUGCCAAUCAUAGAGCGAAUGAUGUAAUUGUUAGAGAAGGAGCACCUCAAGUGUUGGUUGCUAGAUUUAUGUACAGUCCGAUCGACGUUAUCGCUUUAACAGGCGAGAAGGUGGACGUACACAUUAUGAAGGAUGAUCCUGCAGGAGAAUGGACGUACUUAUCGACCGAAGUAACUGAUAAAAAUGGUAGAAUAACGUAUAAAAUACCUGAUGACAAAGCGUUAAGCUAUGGACUUUAUCCAGUUAAAAUGAUUGUUAGGGGCGAUCAUACAUCCGUAGACUUUUUCUUGGCUGUGAUUCCACCUAAAACAGAAUGUGUGGUAUUUAGUAUAGACGGUUCGUUUACGGCAAGCAUGUCUGUUAGUGGGAAGGAUCCAAAAGUUAGGGCAGGAGCUGUUGACGUUGUCAGGCACUGGCAAGAACUGGGCUAUUUAAUUAUUUAUAUUACCGCGAGGCCUGACAUGCAGCAGCAGAAAGUUGUUUCCUGGCUGUCUCAACAUAACUUUCCGCAUGGACUCGUGUCCUUUGCGGACGGUCUUUCGACGGACCCUCUUGGUCACAAAGCUGCGUAUUUAAACAAACUCGUUCAGGAACACGGUGUAAUAAUUCAUCACGCGUACGGCAGUAGCAAAGAUAUUAGCGUUUACACUGCAAUUAAUCUUAGGCCAAAUCAAAUUUUCAUCAUCGGAAAAGUGCCAAAGAAGCACCACACUCUGGCGACGAUUCUUCACGAUGGUUAUGCCGCUCAUUUAACCAUGCUACAGGCGCACGGUGGUUCGAGACCUGCUCAGGGUAAUGCGCGCAUGGUGAUCCCGAGAGGUCAGUUUGGUUUACCCGGACUAAAUGCUUCUCUACGGCGGAGAAGGUAAUGAUUCAUUCGAUCCUUGCUAUCCUCGACGUUCAGAUGUUUCGGUCGCCGCAGAACGCUGGAGGUGUCAUGCGUGUGCGAUAAGUGUUGUCUCCUAGAAAGAGGACACGCUGGCCGUGUGUAAGGCAUUUCGGAGAUUAAUCAAAAACUCUAUUGUCUGUACAUAGAUAACGCUGUAUUUUUAUAGCUGGACAUACUGUGAUGUCAGUAUGAAAAUUUCAAUGCGAAAGUAGUUAUUUCAGAGGUAAUCGAUGAUGGUGCGAUCUUCGUAUUCGAAUCGCGGCCGAAUCAAUGUUAACUAAAACCCGUGUAUGUCGAGAGAUUUCUCUAUAAAAACAAUCCUAGACUACGAGAACAAGGUACUUAAACCACGAAUAAUCUAAGUAGUCUUGGCAUGGUAUAAUCCAUAAGAAAACAAACGAUAUAGACCAGCGAAUGUCUUCGAUACUCUGGUUCGGUGUUUCUCAAAUUUGAUUCGAGUUUGAGAAACGCUACUUUAGUCUAUAUCGUAUGUUCGGGUAUAGAAAUCAUCCUUACGUGACGUCCGCUGUAUACAGUAAUAAGCAGCAGUUGGAUCGCGACUACGUCCAAUUUCGAUUGGGAAAUAUUUCUGUAGUUGCAUCUAGUACACACCACCAUAAUCUAUGUACAGUACUGUCAUCCAUGUUGGUACACAUCAUUCUCAUCUUCCCUUUUUCUUCUUUCGCUUUUUGCGUUAGAAUGAGACGCUGCGUUUACGGAUAGAAAGAUAGCAUUUUGAUCAGUUCUGUUUAUUAUCGUAACCGUAGGCGUGCAUAUGCCCUUAACGUUUCACGUUGGAUCGGCGUAACCUUUCAUUUUCCAAUGUUAGGAGCGACCUUAACGACAAUUAAUUUUUCUAUUUAUCUAAUACGUAUUUUUCAUUCUCUUUAGCUGUUAGAUAAAGAGUUUGAACAAUGUUUAAAGCUUAUAAGUUUCUUCCUUACAGGUACCUGUUAUGAAGAUAUGUCUAGUCACGCAGCGUAGUCGAUAUCAUGCUCUCGGUAAAAGCCGCCGCCAAUUCUACGCUCAAACUUAAUGUUUUAUCUGUCAGCCAUACAUAUGUCCAGUAUUUAUGGUUAAUCAACAUAUGAGUGUCUAGAUGUACAGAGACUAAACAGUUUUUUCGUUACCUCCAGAAAUGGUCUGAUCUCACUCUUUAACGACCAAGGUAAACCAGAGCCCCUUACCGCUUGAAAUCUGUUAGGUGGAAUGUUUGUGUUACAGAAAACAUUAAGCUGGAUCCACCACCGACGAUCGAAUCAUCUUUCACUAAAUAGGAGUUCACAAAAAUUUUUAUACGAGCACAAUUGCGUCAUAAUCGAGCGUCUUCUUUUUCAAUUUAAAUUAUUCUUUGCGUUUCGAUUCGGUGGUAGAUCGGGCUGAGAUAUCUGCUUGUACAAGAGACUAACAGCACGACUGAACAUUUAAUACAACAGAAGCUCUGACACGAUGCACGAUUAUACUUGUGAAUGCCGUUACAAAAACACUACGAUACACGGACAUAACGGUGUACCGUCGAAUCGACAGCUAUUUUCACUAAUUCACGCGUUCUACAACUGUCUUUCAAUAUGCUUCUGACACGAUAUUUAAGUAUCCUUUCUAGCUAUGUAUCAAAACCCUGCAGACGGAGCGGAUAUGCAGAUCCUACAGCGACUCGAGCCACUCUUUACACACGGUAUUGCCUCUCUUUUUACAAUCAAAUCGGUACUUGACUAAACGCAAACAAUGAUUGGGACGAGUCCGUCGCAAGUAUCCCUAACGUAUACUGAUGUAAGAAACGAGGCAGAACUGUAUUUGGAGCCAGUCAGCUUGUAUUUUGAAUUAGAUCCAGCUGAAGGGACUUUUUCUUAUUUCGUGUUUCAUUGUACCCAUUCUCUCUACUAAAGCAACUUCCAUUGUAGAGGCUCCAUUGAAGGAAAUUGUUAACUACGUACGAAACAAAUCCUUCCACAAUGGAAGGUGUGCUCAUACACAUACGUUUGUUUACUCAUUCAAGGAAUGUACGAAUAAUCCACUCUGCAUCGCUGUCAUUCCAGACGAGACAGCCUUCAUCGUCAUUCGAUCAUUCAUUCGUGCUUCUUUACUCACGGAGAUGUUAUAUUUCUAUCACGCUUUCAGUAUUAACAUCCAAACACGCCGCUAGUUCUUCUAUGCUGUUAAUCCAUGUCCUCAUCUGCUUCCACGUUCGGCGAUCUACGCACGUCUCGUUGAUCGAUGCGGUAUAUUACUUGUCACGAUUGUGCUACAACAUAUUUAAAUAACGUUCGAGAGAUCCUUCGUUGGAAGAUACACGUCUUAGAUUUAGACUCGUAGAUUUUAGUCGAAUCUAAUUAUGUUUAAUGAAAAGUAAUCGGGGACGAUUGUCGAUUUAGAGUUAGCAAGACGAAGCAGGGACCACUACGCAAUGGAUUUCGCUCGAUAAGAAGAACGUUAACCGGACAUUUGAUUCUAUCUAACGCUGGGAACUUGAACGACCGAUUCAAUUUCCUAGCGCGGUUUUGCGGAGAAACAUCUACACGUCAAUAAGCAACAAUAACUUAAUUCUUCAGGCAUGAUUCAUGAUAACCCUGCAGCCGAUAGUAAAUCAGACUCGUUUAACGCUUAUCCUGUUUGCCAGUUUUUUAACAAUUUGAUCGUAUCUUUAACUUUUGAGGGUGCUUAAGGAAACACGCUGCUCAGAACAAUUAUGAAUAUUUAAAAACUUGAAGAUCAAAAGUUUGGUUUGUAGUCUUUUAGUGGCAAGCACGGUCUAAUUAUUCUGAGCAACGUAGUAGACGACAGACCCAUAUUGACUAGCAGUACGUUAUACAUGCACAAGUAUAUAAAAUUUUGAAACGCACGGAGUUUAUUCGACAAUAAUUUACUAACACCGACGAACGAUAGCUCUUUCAGGCUGGUCAAGCGGGCAAUGACGCAACCGAUUCCAAGCAGGAUGCUGUUGCCUUUGGAGAGAUCAACGAGCGUCGGUCCUUCGAUUUCGUCGCAGACUGGACCAGCCAGAAGAACCACGGCACCGGAGAAACUCU